UGUGUAAUAUAUUGGAUGCUGGGAUCCCUGGCGCUUUCCCAGGAAUCCUCAGAAUGUGAGGUUUCUCUCAAAGGCAUCUUGCAUCAGCCUGUGGAUGUAUGCCUACCACCAGCCUCCUUCACCGGCAAAGUGGAAAAAGAAGCAUUUCACAACAAAUUCUUCUUUUGGGGUUGGGGGAACACAGUGGAUUAUAGCUCCGUUUUCUUCUUUCCAAAUCUGGCCACUCCUGGAUGGAUGAACGCUCCAGUUCCAGCACCAUCUUCCGAGAUGAUCCAGACUUCCAGAAUGCCCUUGGUGCUGCUUCUGCUGCUACCAAUCCUGAGUUCUACAAAAGCUCAGGUUAAUCCAGCCAUGUGCCGCUAUCCUCUAGGCAUGUCAGGAGGCCACAUUCCAGACAAGGACAUCACAGCUUCCAGUCAGUGGUCAGAGUCCACAGCUGCCAAAUAUGGAAGGUUGGACUCAGAAGGAGGGGAUGGAGCUUGGUGCCCUGAGAUACCAGUGGAGCCUGAUGACCUCAAGGAGUUUUUACAGAUUGACCUACACACCCUGCACUUCAUCACUCUGGUGGGGACUCAGGGGCGCCAUGCAGGAGGCCAUGGCAUUGAGUUUGCCCCCAUGUACAAGAUCAAUUACAGUCGGGAUGGCACCCGCUGGAUCUCUUGGCGGAAUCGGCAUGGGAAACAGGUGCUAGAUGGAAAUAGCAACCCCUAUGACAUUUUCCUAAAAGACUUGGAGCCUCCCAUUGUGGCCAGAUUUGUCCGCUUCAUUCCAGUCACAGACCAUUCCAUGAAUGUGUGCAUGAGGGUAGAGCUGUAUGGCUGUGUCUGGCUAGAUGGCUUGGUGUCUUACAGUGCUCCUGCUGGACAGCAGUUUGUACUUCCUGGAGGCUCCAUUAUUUAUUUGAAUGAUUCUGUCUAUGAUGGAGCUGUUGGGUACAGCAUGACUGAAGGGCUGGGCCAAUUGACAGAUGGGGUGUCUGGCCUGGAUGAUUUCACCCAGACCCACGAGUACCACGUAUGGCCUGGCUAUGACUAUGUGGGGUGGCGGAACGAGAGUGCCACCAAUGGCUACAUCGAGAUCAUGUUUGAAUUUGACCGCAUCAGGAACUUCACAACGAUGAAGGUUCACUGCAACAACAUGUUUGCAAAAGGGGUAAAGAUCUUCAAGGAGGUGCAGUGCUACUUCCGCUCUGAAGCCAAUGAGUGGGAAUCUAAUGCCGUGUCCUUCCCCCUUGUCCUGGAUGACGUCAACCCCAGCGCUCGGUUUGUCACAGUACCCCUCCACCACCGCAUGGCCAGUGCUAUCAAGUGCCAGUACCACUUCGCUGACACCUGGAUGAUGUUCAGUGAGAUCACCUUCCAAUCAGAUGCUGCAAUGUACAAUAACUCUGGAGCUCUGCCCACCUCACCCGUGGCACCCACCACCUAUGAUCCAAUGCUUAAAGUUGAUGACAGCAAUACCCGGAUCUUGAUUGGCUGCUUGGUGGCUAUCAUCUUCAUCCUCCUGGCCAUCAUUGUCAUCAUCCUCUGGAGACAGUUCUGGCAGAAAAUGCUGGAGAAGGCUUCCAGGAGAAUGCUGGAUGAUGAAAUGACAGUCAGCCUUUCCCUGCCAAGUGAGUCCAGCAUGUUCAACAAUAAUCGCUCCUCAUCACCAAGUGAGCAAGAGUCCAAUUCUACAUAUGAUCGCAUCUUUCCCCUCCGCCCUGACUACCAAGAGCCAUCGAGGUUGAUACGAAAACUCCCUGAAUUUGCUCCAGGAGAGGAAGAGUCAGGCUGCAGUGGCAUUGUGAAGCCGGUCCAGCCCAGCGGGCCUGAAGGGGUGCCCCAUUAUGCUGAGGCUGACAUUGUGAACCUUCAGGGGGUGACAGGAGGCAACACCUACUCAGUGCCUGCUGUUACCAUGGACCUCCUGUCAGGAAAAGAUGUGGCUGUGGAAGAGUUCCCCAGGAAGCUCUUAACUUUCAAGGAGAAGCUGGGAGAAGGCCAGUUUGGGGAGGUUCAUCUCUGUGAAGUGGAGGGAAUGGAAAAAUUCAAAGACAAAGAUUUUGCCCUAGAUGUCAGUGCCAACCAGCCUGUCCUGGUGGCCGUGAAAAUGCUCCGAGCAGAUGCCAACAAGAAUGCCAGGAAUGACUUCCUUAAGGAGAUCAAGAUCAUGUCCCGGCUCAAGGACCCAAACAUCAUCCGCCUCUUGGCUGUGUGCAUCACUGAGGAUCCUCUGUGCAUGAUCACCGAGUACAUGGAGAAUGGAGACCUCAAUCAGUUUCUUUCCCGCCAUGAACCCCCCAGUUCUUCUUCUAGCAAUGCACCCACUGUCAGUUAUGUCAACCUGAAGUUCAUGGCUACUCAGAUUGCCUCUGGCAUGAAGUACCUUUCCUCUCUGAAUUUUGUCCACCGAGAUCUGGCCACGCGAAACUGCUUAGUGGGCAAGAACUACACCAUUAAGAUAGCUGACUUUGGGAUGAGCAGAAACCUGUACAGUGGAGACUACUACCGGAUCCAGGGCCGGGCAGUGCUCCCCAUCCGCUGGAUGUCUUGGGAAAGCAUCUUGCUGGGCAAAUUCACUACAGCAAGUGAUGUGUGGGCCUUUGGGGUAACUCUGUGGGAGACGUUCACCUUUUGCCAGGAGCAGCCCUACUCCCAGUUGUCAGAUGAACAGGUCAUCGAGAAUACCGGAGAGUUCUUCCGAGACCAAGGGAGGCAGACUUACCUCCCCCAGCCUGCCAUUUGCCCUGACUCUGUGUAUAAGCUGAUGCUCAGUUGCUGGAGAAGAGACACCAAGCAUCGUCCCUCGUUCCAGGAAAUCCACCUUCUGCUCCUUCAACAAGGGGACGAGUGAUGCCGUUGAUGCCUGCGACAUUCUGGUGGCCCAGGCCUCUCACAGCACCUACCACUCACCCACACCGAAGCCACUCCAGCUGGACAUUCAUGGACCUGAGAGGCAGAGGCUUGUCGCUUUCUCUCUCUCUGUCCCUCCUCUCCCUCCACCCCUCCACUCUCUACCCCCAGCCAAUAUAUACUCUUGUUUUUUACAUUAAAUAACUAAAAAAGAAAAAAAAACCUAGGGCAGAUGAAAUCUAGUAAAGAAAUUUUAUGUGAUAUACCGAAGUGUUGGAUAACGAAGGCUAGCAAAUUGAGAUAAUUUAUAAAGGUUGUGCUUGUGUUUAGAAUGUGCACAUUCUACCAUAUUUUUCCAUGUCACCUUUUAAAAAAUAUUUCAGAAGGGAAAAACUUGAAGAAUACUAAUAUCCUAGGAAACAAGAUUAUGUUUAGGUAAAACACUUGGUAAGUGCAGAGAAAGUGAUAAACAGUAGUAUGAAUCACAUGUGGCUUAGCUUUCUAAUUUGACCUUUGGGCACGUGGUACACUCUAUAUUUCCUUCUCUUGUCAAUGGAGAUGAUUUGUGUUUGAAAAAUCCCAGUUUCUUCGAAUGGGUGUUAGUUCAUUCAUGGGCUGGGGUCAGGGGUAGGGUUCAUCUGCAUGGCGAACACGAAAAAUGGGGAUAGGAAAGAAUGUCUACUUUAAGGCCAUAUGAAGGGAAUUGCCAUUCACAAAUAAAAGUAGCUCAGGCACAGAAGGAUUCUUGAAUAGAGAAUGGGCAUAGGGAAAGUGAUCAGGGAGGACAGGCAAACGUGUUAUUUGUGAUUUCUGCAGAAGGAGCUCCUUGUUACCCUGUUUGGGUGUGUAUUUUAGUGAAAACCUAGCCAAAGUAACAUUUUCGGAUGUGUGUUUGAUAAGAACCUGAUGGUUGAAACAGUAAAGUGUAGGGUUUCGAUAUCUUGAUCUGAAUUGCCUAUGGGACCUGUGGGCUAGGGGUUGAAUUUCUCAGGCAUGACUAUCUGAAGGCCAUAUACAAUAAGGAAUAGAGCUGUUCUGGUGUUCCUCAAGGGUUGACCAGUGAAGGGAAGUGAAGGGGAGACUGAUUUCCACACCUUAUUAAGGAAAGCAUAGCUACAGGCAGAACAUACAAAGAAAAUGGGCUACCUCCAGAGGCAGGAAGUCCCUUUCAGUGGCCUCUUCAGAGAGUCAGAUAUAGACUGAAGAACUAAGCAAAAAGGACAUGGGCUGUCAAACACAAGCUAUAUGGCUACACAGGAUAUUGAAUGUUCUUCUAACCCUGGUCUGUGGUUCCAGAGAGGUGCAGGCAAGCAUAAUAGAGAAGGACACACCCUUGUCCCAGAGAUGUGUGACCAAGAGAAGAGAAAGAUGAAGCUCUGCUUUCAGAAUUCAUGGAAACUGUGGGGAAGAGUUCCCACAGAGUGGAUUCUGAGCUUUACACUCUGCAAAUCCUCAGAUUCUCUUUCUAAGGAGAAACAGAAAGAAAAAAAAAAUUACAGAGUAAGUUUCCUAAACUGAUAAAAAAGAGUGUUGUGUUGAGCUUCUGUUGCCUUCACCUAGUCCACCUCCACACAGUCUCUCAGGAGCUUGAGCAUUACUCCCAUCAUCCUUCAGCAUCUCCACACGGCUGAAGCACAGAUCCCAAGCCCCAGGUUUCAUUUUGUAGGUCAUCUUCUUCCCUAGCCAAGGCCCUCUCCCAUAGCCGUCCUGUUACUCUCCCUCUCCCAGGACUGACUUUGGAGAAAUCUUUGGUUUGGGAGUCAAGAAAGCAUUGAUCUGGGAUCUUCAAUCCUGUUUCUGCCUCAAGCCAAAUGUGCCAUCUUGUAGAAAUGACUUAGCCUCUCUGGACUUUUGUUUCCUUAUCUGUUAAUUGUGGAAACUGAUUAGCUAGCCUUGAAGCCUCUUCCAGUUUUAAAUGUUCCCUGUUCUUUGGAUAAAUGGAUCUGUGAUUAAUGGGGAUUCAGUUACCUGAUCAUCUGCUCUAAAAAUUGUAGUCAGCAAAAUGAGAUCAUGCAGGCAGAUAGCUAUACUAGUGUAAUAGGAAGGCCUGCUACUUGUACAGUGCUUUAACAUUUACCAAGUGUUUACACAUACGUUAUCUUAUUCGAUAUGUGCUAGACUAGACGUGUUCUCUUAUACCUUGGGACCCUAAGCCAAGACAAUUUUAUUAACAAGAGAACUACUAGCAACAGCUUACCCACUACACUCUGCUUUCUACAUCAGUGCCAGCUUCAUGUAUUAUUCAGAGUUUUCCAGAGAAACAGAACCAAUAGUGUGUGUGUGUAUGUGUGUGUAUGUGUAUUCCUAGAUAUAGCUAUAAUCCAUAGACAUAUAUGAUUUAAUAUAAGUAUAUAAGGAAUGACUCACAUGAUUGUGGAGUCCUAGAAGUCCCAUAAUCUGCCGUCUGCAAGCUGGAGACCCAGGAAAGCUGUGGGGGUCUAGUUCUGAAAACAGGAGGGUGCGUGAUAUAAGUUCCAAGUCAGGUCUAAGAAGACUGGACUCCUGUUCAAGCAGUUAUACAGAAAGACCUAAUUCCCUCCUCCUCUUUUUCUUCCAUUGAGACCCUCAACAUAUUUGGUGAUAUCAUCCACAAUGUGGGGGCAAUCUGCUUGACUCAGUCCACCACUUCAAAUCUUAAUCUCAUCUGGAAAUACCUUCACAGACACACCCAGAAACUAUGUUUAUUCUGGGAAUUGAAUGUCCCAGUCAAGUGAACACAUAACCUUAAUCAUCACGCUUCACUACAAUGAAACUGGUCCCCGCGGCCUAUUCUCCUUCAUCUAUAUACCUCUUGUUGGGCUACAUCCAUGAUUAAUAGGACAAGAGAAAAUAAAAUCCAUUUCCCCUCCCUUUGCCUUAUUUCUUUUUACAAUUCUGCCUCAAUGCACUGCAUUUCAUGAUCCCAUAUAUAUAAAAAAUCAUAUUUAAAAUGAUCUGAGUGGUCUGGAUUUUUCCAGGCCUUGCAUCAUGGAAGUAAUCUGUUUCAGGCGGCUGUCAAGUAUGUAUUAUCUCAUACUGUGACCCUUUUCUGGGUCUUCUGGCACUGAGAUAUAUGCAUUACAGACACAGCUUAGCUGCUAGCCUAGUCAGAUGCGUAGUUUAACAUCAAAAAUUGAAUAGACCCAGCAGUGUACCUGGCAAAGGUUUAGUAUGCAGAAUUUAAAAGUUGCUAAAGACUAAAUUGGAAGAACGAACGUAGCACUUAUUUAGAAAUGGAGAUAGGAAAAGAAUUAGAAACCAUGGGCCCUUGUUACUUUUGUAGUAAGUUAUUUUUUCACUAUAUAUGUGAAAAAUUUUAUGUCCAGAUUGUGUUUCUAGGUGGUUAGGUCUAAAUUUAUUUCAGUCCGCUUGGCACUGAUAGCCAGGUCUGAGUAUGGAUGGGCUGCUCCCCAGAUACUUCCUGCUCCCCAGGAAAGAUCUGGGGUGAAAAGAGGCCCUGAGGGGGCAUGUGGUUUUACUGCUGUGAAAGGUCACUUGCAAGUGCAUAAGACUUUGUAACAAAGAGCAUUGUAUGGAGUAGAGUGAGAGAAGAAGAAAUGAAUGUGCAGGUGAUUGAACGAGAGGUGGGGGGUCUGGAAAGGAGGCUACAUAAAAAGAGGAUGAUUGUGAAUGGACAGUGUGCACAGGAAGGACACCGACAGGGUCAAGGCUGGUGAGGUCCACAGGAAGAGCUGCUGAGGGUCCUUUCCAAAAGGUGAUCACAAAAUCUCUGAAGAAAGAUCUGAGAAACGGUGGGGAAAGUGUGUUGAAGAUAAAAGAUACACAGAUAAAGUGAAAAGACAUUCUGGAUAAUAGAGAUGAUGAAAAUACUCAUUAAAAAUGAAAGUUCAGGUGCAGGGUAUGAAAGGGAAGGGGACUUUUCAAAGUUUUUAGAAAGGGAAAGUGUCAUGAGUAUAAAAACACAUCAGCAGCCAGCAGGGAAUGAACUUUUUGUUUCUGAGGCAUUAGGAGAAGGAGGCAAUUUGAAUAUCGUGACUUCUGAACACUCAAGUAAGAGGCAUUUGUGGUGGGAAGAAAGCACAUUUGCUUGAACUAGACUUGGUUUUCUGAGUGCUGCUUUGGAAAUGAAAACCAAAAGAUGAAGAAUUUAUGGUAGUUCACACAUCUCUAUGUUCCCUUUUCUUGGUUCUGUUAACAAAAUUCAUUUCAAAUAACGUCCUUCAUUGCUAAGCCCAGAAAGGUUACAGGGGAACAGUGAAACAACAGGCUUAAGCUAGACAAGACUAAAUCUCAUUUGGUGUCUGCACAAAGAAGUACAAGCCAUGUUGAAGCCAUGUGUCCUUCUAGUCUCAUCCAGGCUUCCCACAAGAAAGCCAUGAUGUGGAGGGAAGCCAUGUGUUUUGAGUAAAGCCAAACUGAGAAGGGGGCGGGGAGGUCGUGUCUGAAAAAGGGAAAGAGAUGAAGAUACUCCAAGGAAACAUCCUAAAACAGAACAGCAUCUGUUUUUCCCAAAACUACAAAAAAGGAGAAGAAAAUUAGUUAAGUUUUAAAAUACUCCCAAUACAUGGCUAGUAAAUCUUUGUCCCUAAAUUGUAGACCUGGAACUUGCCAUGUUUUCAGUGAGACCUCUGACAUAUGACUGUGCUAGUCUCUAAGUGUUGCUGGAAAUUGCACAUUCAGAUCUUUAUUGGGAAAUCCUUUUGUAUGGAAAUAGAACAUUUUUAUAGAAACAGAUAAAUGUGUUUUCCACUUGGCAAAUAUCUUGGAAUGCUGAAUUGAUAGAAAGAGAAUGGGUAACUGGUGAUUCGAUUUCUGGCAUUUGGAAUUGUCUGCUACAAUUAGCAUCAUUGCUUGGUGAUAGACACAAGGGGGUCAUUCUUCAGUUGCUGUAUCCUUUUUCUAACUUGUUAUUUUGAAAUAAUUUAAGAUUCACAAGAAGUUGCAACAUUAAUACAGAAUAACUUUACAGCAUCCCCAGACUUCCCUCACUGCUAGAGUAAUCAUAGCCCAUUUUCAAAACCAGAAAAUGAACAUCACUGCAAUAAGAUUAACGAAACCAAAGAUCUUACUUAGAUUUCACAAGUUUUAAUGGUUACUCAUUUUGUUUCUGAAUUCUCUGAGCCUGAUUUGUAAUCUGGUCUUGCUUGGAUACAAACAAAAAGACACUCUCUGAAUACUACUUUGCCAGAUUCUAAAGAAAACAACAAAUUAAUAUGUUCCUUUAUUAAUUAGCAAUAUCCUGGGCAGGUUGUAUUUGCAUUUUCUGACUAAUUUGGUUUUGUAGAAUCUAGAAGAAUCCAAGAAUAACCAAAAAGGAGUAAGCAACACAAAAGACAGACAAUAAGAACUGUCAUAGCUUGUUGGCUAGAAGGUUGGACAGAGAAAGACGUUCUAGAUGCUUCUUGCAGUUUCUGUGAGUAAAGGUUGUAGAGUAGUAGAGAAGUUUAAUUUGUAAGUGCCUAUCCUUAAAUAGCGUAACAACCAGAUUGGACCAAAUUUAAUGCAAACACAGCAGCAAAUGGGGUGGGGGGAGAUGAAACUCCAUUUUUGUGAAUUACAGCUUUGAGAUUUGGGGUGGCAUUUUUAAGCUGGCCUUUUUACAGGUCACAUGUCAGAACUGUGUUCUCCCUAUAAACCCCAGGUCUCUUGCAGCUCCUCUCACAGAGUAAAAAUGCAAUAAACAUUUGCUGUAUGUUGUUUGAGUGAAUAAGAGCUAGAAAGAGGAAGCUUGUCAUUCAGGGGUGGCAAGGCAAUUCCUGGGGUGGAUUUAGGGAGAAUAGCUUUGCUUAUAAUGUAGAGGCUGUAUUUUCAAAUGAGAAAAGAGAAAAAAAGUACCAAAAUGUUUAUGCAGUGAAGUACUUCCUCUGUUUAUGUGUUUUCUGAUUGUGACAUCAACUAUGGAAAUACCUGAUUCUUUGAGGUAUAUAGACAGCAAUACCAGGAAGAACAGGAAUCAGAUUCUGACCACAAAUCCAGUCCAUUUGAACCUGGACCAUUUGGACAUUUACGUUUCUCCUGCAGACCACUGUCAACAACUUUACAGGCCUCUGAAGAAGAAGGAUAGCCUGCCUAGCCACACACUCACAAUUGCAUAUAAAGGAAAAAUAUGCAAAGAGACUUGAGGAAAAGCACAUUCACUCCCUUUGAGUGAAAAAUUGUAUUCUUUGAAAGAGGCUUGGAGAUUAUUGAGUUUGGAGGACUCCUCUAAACACAUCAAGAGUUUGUAAUCUAGCCUAUGAAUUUAUGUCCUUUACUAGUCACAAUAUCCUAUUGUUCUACCCUAUUGUUUGGUAGCUUUUUGUGAGGAUUGAGUUUCAGAAGCAAUGUGCACACUCUUCCUAUGAAGGGGAAACAGUGGGGCCUUGCUCUGUAGGCCUUGGAGGGUGAUGUGUCUUGUCAAGGGGUAAAUAGCAAACUGAUUUAAUUUCUGCUUAAACCUAUCAUAGCAUUCCAAAAUAGAAUACAUAACAGUUCUCUGUAUUAGAAAAAGAAACGAGUACCAAUUGUAUAUUUUCUUUUCUUUAUUUAUUCUCUGUAAGUCUGUCAGAUGAUAAUUGUAAAUAACAAUGAUUAAAGAAAUAUGCUACUGAUGGCUCUUUCUUUCU